UUGGAGAGGGAGAAGCUGCCAAGAAGCAACGCCGAAACAGAAACUCCGAUAGCUUGCAUGUGGAAUAUGUCUUCAACUCCCAAACCACAACACACUUGAGUCUAAGUUUUGUUUUUAAUAAUUGUUCAGUCUCCACUGUUUCUUUAUUUCGAUAAACAUUUGUUCUUGGAUUGCAGCUUCACAGUAAUACUGACAGAAGUAGUGCACAAAUUAUACAUCAUCCUCUACAGGUUUGCUUGUGCUUUUGCAUUUGCAAUGGCUUGCAAGAGCAUCCAAUGCAGUUCUUCAUCUCAGAUGACGUGCAAAUAUGAUGUGUUUGUUAGCUUCAGAGGAGAAGACACACGUAACAACUUCACUGAUCAUCUUUUUGCUGCUCUCCAUAGAAAAAACAUUGUUGCCUUCAGAGAUGAUACAAAGCUCAAGAAAGGCGAAUCCAUAGCACCUGAGCUCCUACAAGCAAUUGAAGGCUCUCGGAUCUUUGUUGUUGUCUUCUCAAAAAACUACGCUUCCUCAACAUGGUGCUUGCGUGAACUGGCAAAGAUCCUAGAUUGCGUUCAAGUAUCUGAAAAACGUGUUCUGCCUAUUUUUUAUGAUGUUGAUCCGUCUAAGGUUCGAAAACAAAGUGGGAGUUAUGAGAAAGCUUUUGUUGAACAUGAAGAAAGAUUCAAAGAAGAUUUAGAGAUGAUGUUGGAAAUGCAAAGAUGGAGAGGAGCUCUGACACAAGUGGCCAAUCUCUCCGGUUGGGACAUACGGGAUAAGCCACAAAGUGCAGAGAUUGAAAAAAUUGUUAAAGAGAUAAUAAGUAUAUUGGAUCUGAAAAUUUCAAGUCUUCCAAAAGAUCUAUUUGGGAUAGGAUCUCCGAUAGAAGAAUUGGAAAAUCUUUUACACUUGAGCUCAGUUGAUGAUGUUCGGGUUGUAGGAAUUUCUGGAAUGGGGGGAAUAGGAAAGACAACUCUUGCUACUGUUUUAUAUGAUAAAAUCGCUCAUCAAUAUGAUGCUUGCUGUUUUAUUGAUGAUGUAAGCAAAAUUUAUAGAGAUUAUGGUCCAAUUGGUGCAGCAGAGCAACUUCUAUGUCAAACUCUAAAUGAAGAGCACCUUCAAAUAUGUAAUCUUUAUGGUGCAGCUAAUUUGAUACGACAUAGGCUGCGAAAUGUAAGGGCCUUUAUAGUUCUUGAUAAUGUUGGUGAAGUUGAACAACUAGAGAAAUUAGCUGUCAAUCGUGACUGGUUAGGUGCUGGGAGUAGAGUCAUAAUAAUUUCUAGAGACAAGCAUAUCUUACAAGAGUAUGGAGUGGAUGUGAUUUAUAAUGUUCAACUCUUGAAUUAUGGUAAUGCACUUAAAUUGUUCUGUGCAAAGGCUUUCAAAAGUGAUGAUAUUAUGAGAGAUUAUGAAUGGAUGACAUAUGAUGCAGUUCGAUAUGCUAAUGGCCUGCCACUGGCAAUUAAAGUAUUCGGCUCAUUUUUGUUUGGUCGAGAUAUCUCUGAGUGGAGAAGUUCAUUGGCUAGACUGAGAGAAAAUCCAAGCAAAGAUGUCAUGGAUGUGUUGCGAGUAAGUUUUGAUGGUCUCGAUGAUACGGAAAAAGAAAUAUUUUUAGAUAUUGCUUGUUUCUUUGACGAUCAGUAUGAGAGAUAUGUAAAGGAAAUCCUAGAUUUUCGUGGAUUUCAUCCAGAAAUUGGUAUACGAGUUCUCCAAGAUAAAUCUCUCAUAACCCAUGAUCAUUGGGGGAGAAUUCAAAUGCAUGACCUGUUGAAAGAAUUGGGCAGGAGUAUUGUUCGAGAAAAAUCACCUAAAGAGCCAAGAAAGUGGAGCAGGUUGUGGGACUACAAGGAUCUUCAAGAUGUGGCGUUAGAAAAUAAGGAAGCAGAAAAUCUUGAAGCCAUAGUAAUGCCAAAGUAUCCUUCAUACAAGUAUCGAGAAACAACAAUGAGGGUGGAUGCUCUAUCAAAAAUGAGUCACCUUAAGUUACUCAUACUUUGGAAUAUGAAUUUUUCAGGAAGCCUCACUUAUCUAUCCAAUGAAUUAGGAUAUCUUUGUUGGGAUAAAUAUCCUUUCACGUGUUUGCCAUCAAAUUUUCAGCCAGAUAAACUUGUUGAAUUGAAACUGCCAAACAGUAGCAUCAAACAACUAUGGGAAGGCAUAAAGUCUCUACCCAAAUUGAGACGGAUGGAUCUCUCCCACUCCAAAAAUCUUACGAAGAUGCCGCAUUUUGGACAGGUCCCUAAUCUUGAGAGGCUGACACUUGAAGGAUGUAUAAAACUUGUGCAGAUCGAUCCGUCCAUUGGUAUUCUAAGAAAGCUUACUGAUUUGGAUUUGAAAAAUUGUAAAAAUCUGGUCAGUAUUCCCAACAACAUUUUUUAUCUCAGUUCUCUCGGAACACUAAAUCUCUCUGGCUGUUCAAAAUUAUUUAAGAAUCAGCUGUUAGAGAAUGCAAGGCAUGCAGAACAUUUAGAGAAGCUUGAUCUGAAUGAUAGUACUAUCCAAUGCCAGUCAAAGUCCUCCAUCUCUAAAAUUCUAAUGUUGCCUAUCCGUGUUUUCUAUUCUCGAAGACAAGAAGGGUCAGUUGGUUUGUUGUUGCCUUCUUUGCCUCGUUUCCCAUGUUUGUAUGUUCUUGACCUGAGUUUCUGCAAUCUACUUCAAAUCCCUGAUUCCAUUGGAGGGUUACAUUGUUUAGUACACUUAAAUUUGGGGGGAAACAAGUUUGUUACACUACCUUGUAGCAUCAAGGAGCUUUCCAAACUUAAAUUUUUGAACUUGGAGCACUGUAAGCAGCUUAAAUAUUUGCCUGAGCUUCCAUGUUUGGUGAAUCUUGACCUAAGUUUCUGCAAUCUAGUUCAAAUCCCUGAUGCCAUUUGGGGGUUACAUUGUUUAGAAAGAUUAAAAUUGGGAGGAAACAAUUUUGUUACACUACCUUCUAGCAUCAAGCAACUUUCCAAACUUCUAUCUUUGAAUUUGGAGCAUUGUAAGCAGCUGAAAUAUUUGCCUGAGCUCCCACCAUGUACUGUCUUGCCAGAAAGAAGAGGAUAUCAUGCAGGAUUAAAUAUUUUCGAUUGCCCCAAUCUGAGUGAGAUGGAAUGCUGUCAUAACGUGGCUUUUUCUUGGAUGAUACAAGUCCUUAAGGUGCUCAUGCAAUCCUCCCUUCCCUUCGGUAAGAUUGACAUUGUUAUUCCCGGAAGUGGAAUUCCAAGGUGGUUCAACAAUCAAAAUGUGGGUAGUUCAAUAAGCAUUGAUCCAUCUUUCGUUGUGCAUGACGAAAAUUGGAUAGGUGUUGCUUGUUGUGCAGCAUUUGUGGCACAUGAUGAUCCAAUUUAUUUGAGUGAUAGAAUACCACCUGAUUAUGAUCCAACUCUUAGGCUUGGUUUUCAAAAUAAAUGGGGUGGGAUAUAUCCCCACAUUCCGAUACAUUUUGAGAAAGAUCUGGUCACUGUUGAAUCUGAUCACCUCUUGCUACACUUUUUCACUCGGCAAGAAUUCAUUGAUAGCUAUGUAAAUUAUUUAACAAACAGAUCUGAUGAUCUUGAUGGUAUCAAAUUGGCAACCUCUAUUGAGCAGCCCCAAGGUUUGCAUUUGGAGGUGAAAAGUUGUGGGUAUCGUUGGGUAUUUGAGGCGGAUCUGGAGCAAUUGAACACAAGAAUGAUGCAUGGCAGAAAUUCGUCGGUUCGGAAGAGCAAGUUUUUAACAAUGGAUAGUAGCAGUUCCAUUUCGGCUACACUUCCAUUGAAGAAAUUUUAAUCCAUUUGAGGUAAUACUUGAUAUAGCAAGGCACUAUUAUUGUUAUAAAUUUACAGCUAGUUGUCAUGAUUUCAAGGGAGCAAAAGGUAAAGAAUGAUACAGUUAUCAUAGAGUAGAAGUUUCUAACACUGAUCCAUUUUUUAGUUGAAAAAAUUGGGGGAGUCUAACUCCUUUUAUCAGUUUAUGAGAGAAAAUAUUCAGCAUUUCAUUGGAAAGAAAGGGUAGCGUACUUCAGUUAAAAAAUAAUAAUGGUAAUCUCAAAUAUCAUAUGAAAUAUAAAUACCUUAACAGUCUAUAUCAUUAAAAAGAACUUACAGAUUACAAGAAUUAUAAGUAUAUAAUAAUGUGUGCAAAUGUUUUCAGUCGCUAUAACACCCUGUUUAGCACCCUCACCUUCUUCAAAAGAAAGUUGUGAAGCAGUCUCAAAUAAUUAUAAAGUUGAUUUUCGUCUCCAACUAUAUGGAGCUAAGACUUAUGAUGUGAGAACAGUUACUUGGACUUGGAAACAUCCUCAGUAUCUUAUAAAUGGACAACAAAGCAAAAUUACAUAAUGAAAAUUUAAAAAUGUUUUAUAAAGAACUUAGAUAAAAGAAUGACAAUAAAUUGGGUAAUGGACCUAAAAACAGGUUUUAUUUGGUUAAAAGAGACUUAAAGUUGUAGAUAUUGAGGGACCUUAUGCUGACUAUCUUGAAACCCUGUAUGGGAUUCCUUUUUUACUUACAGGGCCUAUAUUAUCAGUGUCACACACCUCCACUUUAGAAGUUUAAUCUUGUUUUACCCAAUAUAAUUGAUCAAAUCAUCGAUGCAAGGAUUAUAAGCAGAUUCCUAAGACCAGGUGUUGAAGGGAAGAACGGCAAAGAAGAUGCUUGAUUGGUUCACGAAAGAGAUUGUCUGCAAGGCUGUGUAGACUGUGAUGGGCAAUGAAAGUGAAGUUGAUAGCCAGGUCAGAGAAAAUCAUACCGAGUUGGGAAGCCACAUACUCAUCAAAGAUAUGGAGUCCACUUAUAUUGAUAGUCUCUGUCACAAGCUCCAACAUUUACUGGGGUGAUUUCCAAUUUUCAGCCACGACAAACAAUUCAGCUUGAAUUCAUGUAAGCUUGGAGGAGUACCGUUUAUUUAAUGCAAAAGAAAUUGCUAAUAUUGAGAGGGAGAGUAUCGUGCAGUUUGCCAAUGUGGUGGAUGAUUUUGUUUAAUUUUCCACCUAUACAAUAGUAAUGUCUACCAUAUAGCGCUUUUUACCUCCAUUCUUUACUUGAUUUAUUUCUACCAUUUACAUUUCUGAUUUUUGCAUGAUUUAGUAACACGAUAAUUCAAAACAACAACACAAUGCAUUUCUCUACUUUUUUGUAUUUUUCUUUUCUUUUCUUUUUUCAUAGUCACCUCC